ACCACCUCAGGGUUAGGUUUUUUAUUUUAUCUUUUAUUAUUCUUUCUCCUCUUUUCCGAUUCCGAUCUGUCUUUUUCUCCGAUUCGCUCUUCAGACGCAACACAAAGGGUUUCCAAUUCGGAUCUGUACUUUAGCCAUGGAUACUCGUAAGAGAGCUGGCUCAUUCAACUCCAAUGGCGGCGGCGGCGGCGGCGGAUCCAAGAAGUCUAAGCAAGAGAUGGAAUCAUAUUCAACUGGUUUAGGCAGCAAAUCCAAGCCUUGCACUAAAUUUUUCAGCACUUCUGGCUGUCCUUUUGGAGAUAACUGCCACUUCUUGCACUAUGUACCCGGAGGAUACAAUGCUGUAGCACAGCUGACAAACAUGGCACUACCCAUGCCUCAAGCUUCCAGAAACAUGCAAGGACCUGGUGGUGGUGGAGGAGGGAGAUUCUCAGGGAGAGGAGGAGAGUCUGGACCUGGCCAUGUGUCUAGCUUUGGCGCCUCAGCCACUGCGAAAAUCAGCGUGGACGCUUCGUUGGCCGGAGCCAUCAUCGGUAAAGGAGGAGUCAGUUCGAAGCAGAUAUGUCGUCAGACGGGGGCGAAGCUGUCGAUUCAAGAUCACGAGAGGGACCCGAACCUGAAGAACAUUGAGCUUGAAGGGACGUUUGAGCAGAUAAACGAAGCGAGUGUGAUGGUUAGAGAGCUGAUUGGGAGGCUUAACUCUGCAGCUAGUAGGAGACCACCUGGUGGUGGUGGUGGGAUUGGUGGUGGGGUUGGUUCGGAAGGGAAACCACAUCCAGGGAGCAACUUCAAGACGAAGAUGUGUGAGAGGUUCGCGAAAGGGAACUGUACGUUUGGGGAUAGGUGUCACUUUGCGCACGGGGAAGCAGAGCUGCGCAGGUCAGGAAUUGCCUAAGUUGCUGUUUGUGGAGUUUGCUGUCUUUUCUUUUGUGUGUGGUGGUGAUCUCUAAUAUCAUCCAUCUUCUUCAUCUAUUUUGCUUUUGUUUUAUGAAAAUACAAUGUUAGUUUCAUUGUCUUUGUAAGUUUUCUUUCUCUCUGUGUGGUGAUUCUUAGAAUAUAGUUUUUUUUGCUGUUAAAUUGAGUUUGAAUUGAUGAGAGACUUGGUGGAUGGAUUGACAGACGGUGGUUAGGAUUUGUAUGCUGCCUUAAUUUUCUUA